AUAAAAUAAAACACGUACUAAUGGCUAAGCUAUCUGAUUAGGAUCCAGCUAUAAAGAAAGGAAAUUGACUUUUUUGGGGAAAUUAACCGAAGCAAUUUAUUUAUUGCUGUGAAAUUGGGGAUUUGUUUUGAAACGCACACAAACAUAUACCCGUGCAAAACGCACUCACACACAUUCACUCGCGAGAAAAGCACUGUCAACAAAACGUCAAACAGCUGACGAACUGAAUUGUUGGAGCUGUGGGACUUGCGUAGUAGCAAAAAAACAAGCAACGGUGUUGAAAUUGUAGUAGCGUAUUGUUCAGCGUUGAAUCAAAGAUUCAAAUGUCUACGGCCGGAGUACGGACGCAACCGCUUGCACCCUGGCGUUAUCACCAGUCCGUUAUCAUCAGCCCGAACGAUACACCUAGAUCGUUCGGUGACUUCUCAGUGGAGCGGUUUAGAUUAGAACGAACACGUCGGUCCACGGACAUACACGGCGCACAGUGAAUCGAUCCCUUUGGUUUAUUGAGGCGUAGAUCGGUGCCGUUUCGAUGCAGUGAACUGUUCCAAAGUGGACCACCAGCAUGAAGACGGAACAAUGCACCACAAUCGGGGAGUCUGUGUUCGUUGGGAACAGUGUGGAGGAAACGGCCGAACUUCGGGCGACCAGUAUUGACACGGUGAAACAAUGGCUACUGAACGAACGGCCCGAACUGGUGAUCCCAGAAGAAUCGAGAUUGAUUCUGUUCUUUCUGCGUACGACCAAGUACGACAUCGAUAAAACAAAGCGGAAGUUAAUGACCUUCCUCAAAAACAGAGAAAGGUUAACGGAAUGGUUCAAGGAUCGUGAUCCGUUUCGACCGGAAAUACAUGAGCUGCUGAACAUAGGUGUGUUUUUGCCACUUCGCGAAAAGGAUUCACUAAACCGGCAGGUCGUGCUCAUCCGGACGUCGGCGCACGAUCCCACCAAACACAAGCAGGAUGAUGUGUUCAAGGUGGAUAAGAUGAUACUAGAUCUACUGAUGCAUCUCGACGAAACAGUUUCCAUACACGGUGUGGUAGCAGUCUUCGAUAUGCAAGGCGUCACACUCGGGCACGCGCUACAACUAACUCCGUCCAUGAUCAAGAAAUCUGUGGAAAACUGGGAGAAUUAUCCCUGCAAGCCGAAGUUACUGGAGUUCAUUAACGUACCAGUGCAUGUGAACAUCGUGCUGAAUGUGUUUAAAAGUUUCAUGAGUCCAAAGAUGCGAGAGCGGGUUAUCAUCUCGCGCAAAGGUUCGUCUCAGGAACAUUCGCUUUUGUUACCUCUCGAGCUGGGCGGGCACGGCGAAAGUAUAUGGGCGCUUGCAGAGUACUGGAGGGAAUGCGUCCAGGAUAAUGAAAACUUUUACUCUAAAAUGGAAGAGAAUGUGUUCCACUUAUGACAUAAAAUAAUAUAAUGAAAAUGGUGGUCUUAUAUGGGGAAUUUUAACUUAGAGGCUCACAGUUGCACGUACAAAAAUGCUUCGUUUUAAUUGUGUCGAUAUUGGCAUUUAAAAUAUAGUUUCAAUCACACAGUUUUUGUGGUCACA